UUACUGCGGUGCCGUCAAUUAACUACGUGCAUCGUUUCGUCAUCACCUUUGCCACAACGUUUAAUUUCCAACCGACUCUUACGGAACAUUUCGAUCCGUUGCUCUACAAUCAAUUACCGUACAGUGAGUGCUGCGAUGAUACCGUCCGGCGUUGAACAACGAAGGACCGCGACGGCCGCAGGACGAACGCCGAUGUGGACUGCCGCGGUGAUACUCGUGUGCGCAGAACUCGCGGUGACGGCCCCGUGGCAAGUGCCCAGGCCCGAAACGGUGCUCGUCCCCGUACCAUUCGAUCAGCUCGACAACAUCCGAUGGUUGAUCGACCCCAAGACCAUGAGCUCCACGUGCGGACAGUUCAAGGCCUACGUGACCAACAGGACCGUCGACCUGGUCGUCGGCAGAUGGUACACUAUUUACACGUCGAAAAUCCCGUCGACCACGAGUUAUUGCAGUCAACUGACAAACAUCAAUCAGGAGUGCGGAUGUUUCGGAAUUGAUUUCACGAUUGCCAUAGGAGAUGAUCUCAUUUCAUUCGUCAUGUUUUCAACGAAUUCAAGUGAAAGUUCGACGUCCUACCAACUGGCAGUGGCUUCGUUCAGCGGUAAAUCUCAGUUGAAUAUGAAUCAAAUAGUUUUGCGAAGUUUAGUCUUGCAGCCCAACGCGAAAAUAUCCGGAAAAGGAGCUUAUGUAGUGCCGAGUGCUGUUGUAGUCGACUCUGAUGACUUUGAUUCGUACAUGAUCAUGUUGGUCUGCAGAGAAAUGGCGAUAAAACCUUUAAUCAUUGUUCUUGUCAACGCACUUCCUAUGUCGGACCAAACUAAGUACGUGGUUCUAAAAUAUCUUAAGAGAAACGGUCUUGAUUUUUAUUUGCACUCAGUGGAUCACAGCAAUUGUAAUUACGCUCAGAAUAUCGUGGGAUUUUAAUCGAAUCCAAGAGAACUAGCAAGCUAUUACUUUUUAACAGGAAAUCAUUUCAAUAAUAUAUACAUUAAACCGCGUCCGUAUAAGAUGACGUAAUCCGUUAAUAUUAGUAUAUCGUGUAAAACCAUAUGUUAUGUAAGCUAAGUUCACGAAAAUUUGUUUUUAAAUAAUUGUUAAUUUUUUCUUCAAAAUUAUAAAUGUUUACAAUAAU